AAUGAGCCGGGGUAUUAUAGUAACUGGGUGUGAAAGCAUUUUGGGGUUGGAAGUUAUUCACUCAUUGGUUGCUAAGGAAAAAAAAGUAACCGCUCUAUUACAAGAAGGGGCCGAUGAGAAGAUGGUUCCGCCAGAUGUACCUGUAGUUAAGGCGAAUCUAUUCAAAAUUUCACCAUUAAAAGCCAUUCUUGAAAGGUUCGACGAGGUCAUUCACUGUGCCUCGAAUAUGGAAUUCUAUCCUAAGAAGGUGGAACUAUCUUACAGAACCAACACGGAGUUGACUGUUGUACUCGUACGCGCGGCCAUCGAAGCUGGCAUUCGUCAUUUUGUUCAUAUCUCUACUACUGAAGUAAUCGCCCCCACGGGAACCGAGCCGGCAGACGAGUUGACUGCCUAUCACGCAUGCAAUGAGUAUGGUAAAAGCAAAAUUUUGGCCGAAGAAGAACUAAAGAACAUCUGUGCGUUAUCAACAAUGAGUUACACCAUUCUGAGACCGAGCGCCAUCAUUACACCAAAAAGCUUUGGUGUGCUUUACCAACUCUUCUGGGCUGUUAAUCUUGGGCUCUUCGUUUUCUAUCCUGCCUCUCGACAAGAGACUUCUAAAAGGUUAACUUUCACACACCUAUCUGAUGUUGUUAAAGGUAUUUGUAUGGUGAUUGAUGAUGCGAAGGGCAAAAAUCAGACCUACAUUUUGAGUGGUGGCUCUUUGCCAUUUAAGACUGUGAUUGAAAUUAUCGCAAAAGAGCUAGGUAGAGAAAAGCCACUUAUUUGUAUUUCUUCUGAGCUAAUCAGAUUGCCUCUAGCCUUCGCUUCCUUUUUCGUCAAAAUUUACUCCAAAAACUGUCAUUUAUUUAACACACACAACAUAGAAUAUAUACAACAAAACCGAAUUUACUCCAGUGAAAAAGCGAAAAAAAUGUUAGGCUGGACUCCAACAUAUACCAUGGAAGAGGCUAUCCGUGAAACUAUCAAAGAGCAGAUAAAAUGUGGCGCACUGAAGACAAUUAAAUUCUCAGUCGUCUCGGUAGUGCUAGUCAUAAUGCUGUUGGCAUUUUUCAUACGAAUAUUUUUUAUAUAAAAACACAAAAUUUCUUUGCUUCCAA